AGCAGAGCUAUAAAAGCCGGAGAGCGAGGACACAAGAAUUAGUCUUCAGAGAAAGAGGAAGGCUCCCUUUUACCUUGAGGCUUCCAGGAGCUCAGCCCAUCAUGUGGGGUGCUAAGCUCUGCCUUUUGCUGCUUGUGGCUACGUCCACACUAGCCCAGCAAGAUGUUGGAGGUAUUGAAGAACAAGGUCCUGUUUGCUUAUUGGCCAAAAGAUACAAGAACUUCAGACGAUAUGUGUAUAACUAUGAAGCCGAGACCUUUAACGGUGUGAAUGGAGCUAUCGACUUCCAGACCGGCCCCAAAGUCUCCUGCAAAGUUGAGAUUGAAGUGCCCCAGACCUGCAGCUUCGUCCUCCGUACGACAGACUGCUCUCUGAAUGAGGUCGCUGUGUUUGGCUCAGGAAGCACAACGUCUAGGCCUGCUGAUGGAGCUGAGGCCUUCAAAGAUGCCAUGGAGAAGAACACUUUGAAGAUCACAGUUGAAGGACAGACUGAUGUCAAACUGUUCCCAGAGGACGACGAGCCCGUCAACAUCCUCAACAUCAAGAGGGGAAUUGUGUCUGCUCUGCUUGUGCCGGUGAUGGAGGAGGAGAAGAACAAGGAAAUGCCCACAGUGCAUGGAGUUUGCGCCACCGAAUUCACCGUCAACGCCAGAGAGGACAUCGCCACUGAUGUGACCGUCAGCAGGGAUCUGAACCGAUGUGACUGGUUCACCGCUCACAGGCAGGAAACCAGCCCUCUGGCCCUCAUCACUGGCCUGAACUUCCCUCUGUCCAAGAUGAUCAGCAGCACUCAGACCUGCAGCUACAACUUUGACAACCAGAAGAAGCACAUGACCAGAGGAACCUGCGAAGAGAAACACCUCUUCCUGCCUCUCUCCCACAAGAACGAAUUUGGAAUUUCUGCUGUGGUGAAGCAGACUGUGACUCUGGUGGAGACCGCCAAGAUCAACGACAGAGUCUUUGACCGCAAUGAGGAGAACCUGAAGUACCUGCCCAUGGAUGCUGUUGAGGACAAGUCCCCUGUGCAGACCAAAGAUAAGGUCAUUGCCACCAUCCAGAAGCUGAACACUCUGUCUCAGACCACUGAGGGUGAGCUUCGUGCCGGCCUCUUCCACUCGCUGGUGUCUGAGCUCCGCGGACUGAAGGUUGACAUCCUGACCCCCGCUGUUGAGGAGAUGAUGGACAUUUCCAGCUCUCUGACUUGGCAAGCUCUGGCUCAGUGCGGUACCCCAGAAUGCACCAGCGCCAUGCUGAAGAUCCUCAGGACCUUCGACGAAGAUGCUAUUGAGGUCGAUGCUGUUGUCUACGCUCUGGGACUGCUGCCCCAACCCUCCCGCCUGAUGGUGAAGGACUUGCUGGCAAUGGCUCAGUUCAAGCAGAGCAAACCCAUCAUGUAUGCCUUGAGCAAUGCAGUCAGGAAACUGUACAAUGCUGAAGGAGUCACCCCUGAGAUCACUGCUGUCUAUGAGUUCAUGGCUUCCCUUCUGGGUGCUGACUGUGCUGGAGAGAAAGACCUGACCUUCCUGACUCUGAGGGUUGUUGGCAAUAUGGGAGAUGCCAUGGAGGCUGCUGACCCUACCAUUAAGACCACCCUGCUGAAGUGCAUGAGACAGCCUGCAACCACUCUGUCUGUGCAGCUGGCUGCCAUCCAGGCCUUCAGGCGCAUGACUGUGACUGAUGAGAUUCGUUCCAACCUCCAGAGAGUCAGCCAGUACCCCAAGGGUGCUGUGCAGAAGCGCCUGGCUGCUUACCUGAUCUUGAUGAGGAAUCCCCUGGACAGCGACAUCGAAAUGGUGAAGAAGCUGGUGAAACAGGAGCAGAACACACAGGUCAAGGCCUUCGUGACCUCCCACGUCUACAACAUCAUUUCCUCUACUGAUUCAGAGACCAAAAACCUCGGUCAGAAAAUCAUGGACGCCCUGCAGGACACUGAUGUCGAAACACACAACGAGUACACCACAAAGUCUCGCAACUACAAGCUGGGCAUGGCACAUGAGAGCAUGCAGGCUGGCAUUCAGGGCAACGUCAUUUUUGAUCCCAGCAGCCAGUUGCCAAGGGAGGUCCUGCUGGAAACUACCCUGAAGGUCUUUGGAUACAGCAUGGAUAUCUGGGAGGUUGGCAUGGAAGGAAAAGGCUUUGAGCCAACCAUCGAGGCUUUGUUUGGAAAGAAUGGCUUCUUCCCCGACACUGUGUCCAAGGCUCUGUACUGGGCUGAAGACAAGAUGCCACCAAAGGUCAGAGAAGUUCUGGAGAAAUGGAUUGCUCCCCUGAAAUCAGAAGGGCAAAAGGUUCCCGAAAAUCUUGUGAGGGAAAUUACUCGCAACUUCAACAAGCUGGUUAAAGAUCUGCAGAGUCAGGAGUCCCCAGAGGCCAUGGCCUACCUGAGGAUCAUGGGAGCUGAGCUUGGCUACAUCAAGGGCAACGAACUGAAGUUUAUGGCUGACAAUGCAAUGAUGUAUGCAGGCAUGUUCAUGAAGAUCAUUCCUACCAAGUUCAUGGCUAACCUGAUCUCACGCACCGACAAUGAGCUGUUUGCCCAUUACAUCUUCAUGGACAACAAAUUUGUCAUGCCAACAGCAACUGGAUUCCCUCUGACAUUUGCUAUGUCUGGUACUUUCACUCCUGGUGCAAAGGGAGGCAUUCGCUUUGCUCCAAACAUGAAAGAGCUGGUGUUCAUGCCCUCUGCCGGAGUAAUGUUUAAGACAAAGAUGGGAGUCCACAUCCCUGAAUUUGUUGCCUCAGGUGUUCAGAUGCAGACCGACUUUUACCACGAGAGCGCUCUCAAUGCCAGGAUCACCAUGGACGAGAACCAGGUCAAACUUUCCAUCCCUGCUCCCCAGGGCAAAACCAAGUUCUUCAGAAUCGGCAAUACUGUGAUGAUUAUGGGCGGUGGAAAGGCUAUGCUGAUCCCACACACUCAGAAUGAAGAAAACUGCGGCCCUCUCUUCACUGGAGUCAAAUACUGCACCAGAAUCCUUAGUGUCGACAAUGGCUACAAGUCUGAUGCCCCGUACAUGCCCCUGACUGGAGAGACUCAGCUUGCUAUUGACAUUGAGCCUACAAACGAAGUCACUGAGUACACAGCCACCAUCGCCUAUAAACUCCUCAGCGAAGGAAAGGACGGUCGCCAGAAGGUUGAUUCUCUGAAAAUGAUCCUGAAAGCUGAAGGUGAUAAGCCUACCGAGGCUACAGCCACCAUGAAGUACAACAGGAACAGGAACGUCUUGACCACUCAGAUCCAGAUUCCUGACUUUGAUAUUGAGGCUGGCAUUAAGAUUGGCAUGAGCGACAGCAGUGCCAAAGGCAAAUCCAUCAUCUUCGAGAUCUCUAACAAGAAUGUGCCCCAGCUCUCUCUGAUUGGCCGUGCUAAGCUUCAGGCCAUGACUGAUGGCAUGCUGCAGGUUCAGCUGUUAGUCCCAUCUCUCAGGACCGAUGCCACCCUCACUGCUGCUCUGAACAAUGCUGAGGGACUCACCAUGGAGCUCAAGAACGAUGUCAAGCUCUCAGAUAUAACCUCCAUUCAGACAGUCACCUUCAAAUAUGGUGAUGAAUUGGCUGAGGUUCAGCUGACUUCCAACAUGGAUGCUGAUAUGAAGGUUGCAAUGCAUUACACCAACGCUCUCAAGACCUGGCUCAGGCAGUUUGCAGAGGAAGUUAUGGACCAGCGAGUUGUCAAGACUGACAUGAAACUUCGCCACAUCCUCAACAAGGGAGUUGAGGCCAGCAACAUCUGGAUGGACAAGAUCUCCGCUGAUGUUCCAUAUGUUGAGACUCUGAGGAGCAGCUUAGCAAAAGUGGAAAUGCCAUCUGUGCCUGAAAGCCUAUUCAUGAACCUUGAAAGCACAUUCAAAUACAAGUUCAACAAGGACCGUUUGACAAUUACCAUCCCUCUGCCUUAUGGAGGCAAAUCAUCUGAGGAGCUCAGGAUUCCCCCAGUGAUCACCUCCCCACAAGUUUCCGUUCCUCAGCUGGGUAUGGAGUUGGCCCCACAGGAGAUCAAAAUCCCAACCUUUACCAUUCCAUCUGAAUAUGAUGUGACCCUGCCUCUGAUUGGAUUGAUGGAGGUGUCUGCCAAGUUUGACAGCAACUAUUACAAUUGGGAGGCAACUGUGUCUGCUGGUAACAAAUCUGUAGAUUCUCCACACUACGUGGCCGAAUACAAGAUCUCGACUGACAGUCCUUUCAAAGUCCUCAUCUUCACAGCUGAGGGAGCCUCAAAAGUCACUGACACAGCAGAUAAAACCAUGGAGUUCACCAUUGAUGGUUCCCUGAAACACAUGUACAUCAACACAGGUUUUAAUGUGCUGGAGACCGUUGCUCUCACAGACAAUGUGCUCUCAACAGGGCGCUACAGCAUUCAGGCUGAUUCCCCUAUGGGCCUGGACACUUCUCUGACUAUCACCACCCAGUUCACCCUAGACUCAAACAUGCUCUUUGGUGACCUUAACACAGAUGGAAGUGUGACUAUUGGACCCAUGACUGCUAGCACCACCUAUCUCCACACCUUCUCUGUUGAGCCCGCAAAGAAAGAAGCAAAAAUGGAGAGCACACUGAGGGUGAACUCUGAAAUCCUGAAGAUUGCAAACAAGAUGAAGGCAUCAUUUGCAGAUGAGGGACUUCUGUUUGAGUAUAACACCAACAUGAACAGCAACCCCAUCAAGCACACCACUAAAAUGAGCCUCACCUACAAAGAUGUCAAGCUUGCCGUCCAGUCCGACUCUGUGACCAAGGCUGAUGAGAGAAUGCUUCGUAGCCAGAUGGAGUUCUCUGCCUUUGAAGGUCAGGCCAGCCUCAGGAUUGAGAAUCAAGCUGAUGAUACAGAGAACCGUGCCUACUCUUUGCUUAUUGGGUCCCUGAACCCCUCUGGUCUUGAGAUCAACGCAGAUGCCUCAUUGAACAUCUUUAAGAGCCUUGCCUCUCACAAAGCAACCUUGACCCUGAACACGAAUGGCCUGACCACCAGCUGCACAACAACUGCCCAGUAUAGCCCGCUGACAUUUGAGAAUGUUUUCCACGGUGGAGUUGACCAGUCUGGUGCUACCAUGUCUCUGACAACAAAGGGAGCCAUUAAGGAGAACAAAGCUGAGUUCAAUGUUGAGGGAAAGAUUGCAGCCACUGAAGUGUAUCUCAACAGCAUUCUGGAGGGUAACCUCUUUGACAUCGAUGGCAGGAACAGAGUGAACCUCAAAAUGAAUGAAGAUGGCUUGGUCCUCUCUAACAACAUGAUUGGAUCUUUCAAAGAAAUGAGGACUGAGAAUACCCAUUCUCUGUCUCUUUCACUGAGGUCUUUCCACCUCCAGUCCAAGACUGACAACACCCUUGAUGGAAGAAACUCCUACAUGCAUGAUAUCACAGUGAACAUGGACCGUUUCACUGCCUCUGUUAAUGUGAAGAAUGACCUGAAGAUGAUGAUGAUUAAAUUUGUGAAUGAUGCCCAGUUCAAGGCAGAGCCCUACAACAUAGAGUUGACUGGUACAGUGAUGGGAGCCCUCUCAGAGGAAGAGCUGAAGCACACUUAUGAAAUCAAGUUUGUUGACAUGGUCCUGUCUGCAAAGUGCAAUACUGAUGGUAAACUCCUGGGAUCUCACAUGAGACAUGCAAGUGAAAUGGAAGUUGCUGGUCUGACCAUGAAGUUUAACAACAUGGCUAACAUCAAUUCACCAUUAUUCCAUUUGGACAGCACAGUCAAAACUGUAGCUGCGCCCUUCAGACUGGACAUUGAUGCCAUUUUCAACUCAAAUGGUGAAGUGUAUCUGUAUGGACAGCACAGUGGUGAACUGUACAGCAAAUUCCUCCUGAAAGCAAAACCCAUGCUGUUCACACAGUCAUUUGAGUACAGAGCCUCAACCACACAUGAGCUGGAAGACAGGCCCACUAUCAAGACCAAUAUGGACAACAAGUUCAACAGCAUGCUGAGCCUUGAAGAGCAAAGUGCCACAAUGAAGAUGUCAUCUAAAUUAAAUGAGCAUAGCUUUGAUCAGGAAAUGACAGCCUAUAACAAAAAAGACAUAAUGGGCAUUGAAAUGACAGGUACAGUUUCAACUCCCCUCUUCAGCGAUGACAGUCAAGAUUACCUCAUCUCUGGCUUUGUGAAGUACGACAAAAAUGAUGAGAGCCACUUCAUCCAGAUCCCCUUCAUUGAGUAUCUGCCUGAAGUAAUUGAAGACAUGAAGACCACUGUGAUGAGGCUGAUGGACAAUGGCAUUGAGAUGCUGAAAGACAUAAACACCAGGUAUGAGAUCAGUGCUAAGUUUCAGAACAAAGUGGCAGAACUGAAGGAGGUCAUUGACAACUUUGACUUCAGCCUGUUUGUCCAAGAUUUGAGAAAAUUUGUCAGUUCAAUUGAAAACUACAUGAUCAACCUGACAGCCAAGUUCCCAACUGACAAAGUCAUGAAUAUGCUUAAAUCUAUCAAGGACACCAUCAUGGCUUGGAUCAAGAAGUAUAACAUUUCUAACAAGUUCAAUGCAAUCUAUACCAAAAUGGAGGAGAUCAUCUCCAACUAUGAGGUUGAGAAAAUGAUCGGGGCCAUCAUGGAUGAGAUUGUUAAAAUUAUGAAGCAGUAUCAAGUGAGAGAGAAGAUCCAGUAUGUAUUUAAUGCUUUCAAGUCAAUUGACAUCCAGCCUUUGCUGAACAAAGUUAAGGCACCUGUUCAGGAGCUUGUGAAUGAACUAUAUUCCUUUGACUUCAAACAGCUGAUUGAUGACAUGACUAACUAUUUCAUGAGAAUGAUGCAGAAUAUCAGAUCUUUUGACUAUGACACAUUCACCAUGGAGCUGAAAGAGAAGGUGGUGGAAAUGAGCAAGAUCCCCUGCUUCGGAAAACUUUAUGGUGAGUUUAGAGUUGUCUCCCCCCAUUACAAUCUCAGGACCACUGCUGACCUGGAAAACACCACAACUACAUCAGUCACACCAGAGUUCAAAAUGAACCUCAACUCACAGGCCACAUCUACUUUGAAAAUCCUUGAUUUCACUGUGGAUGCCGAAGCACAUUUUGCUGCACCCAAGAUGAGCCGUUUGUCCAUCACUGAGAACAUCAAGGUUGAUCAGUCUUGCUUUACACUUGACCACAAGGGCACCAUGACUCUCUAUGGCCUGUCAGGUCAAGCUUCUGCUGAAACUACUGCAAAGGCCACAACUGAGCUUUAUGUUGCAGAGCUGAUCAACAAUGCAUUCUUUGCCAUGGAAAAUGGAGCUUCUGCCACAGUGGAGACAAGCUACAAACAUGAUGUCAACAUGCCAGCUUUCAACAUCUUCAGUGAAGCAAACAUGAAUCAAAAGACAGUUUUCCAACUUGAAGACGGCUCUGCACGUCUGACCAUUAAGAAUACAGGCAAUGAAAAAUUUGCAGUUCAGGACUUCUCAGAUGAGAUAAAACACAUUAGUGACAUGGAAGUGGUCAUGGAUCUCCACACUUCAAAGGUGACCUUCAAUGCAGAAACAAGUGGUAGCCAGUUAAAAAUGAAUCAAAAUGUUAAUGCUGAUGUAUGCAUUUUCCGCCAUGUAAUUAUUAAUGCCAAGACUGAGACAGAAACACCUUUCAUGAAGAGCAGUGUUGCAGAGGCCAAGUUUCAGGCUAAGCUUGAAGACAUGACAGUUGAUUUCACUGCCUCUCACAAUGCAGAGCUUGUUGGUCAGAUUGAGGGAACACUCUCAAACUCCGCUGUUGCCUUGGUCACACCUGAGAAGCUUGAGUUUGAUACCAAGAACAAGGGAAAUGCCAAAGUUGCCCUUCCAUUCAAGCUGUCUGGAAAGAUGGACCUCCAGAAUGACAUCGCUUUUACCCUGAGCUCUGAAGUGCAGCAAGCUAGCUGGACAGGUGUGGCUAGAUUCAACCAGUACAAAUACUCCCACUACUUUACAAUGGACAAUGGUGAGACAGAAAUCAACGUAUAUUCCCAGAUCAACGGAGAGGCAAAUCUUGACAUGCUGAAGGAGCCCAUCAACAUUCCUGAAAUCACUCUGCCAUUUGUUGGAAUGAAAACACCAAGAGUGGAGGACUUCUCCCUGUGGGAAGACACCGGCCUGGGCUACAUCCUGACCACACCUCUGCAGACAUUUGACAUGAACACCAAGCUGAAGUAUGCUAAGAACCCUGAGAUGAUCACCAUUGACAUCAAUAUAGAUCCAGUCAUCAAUGCCAUUAAUACCAACAUCAAGGCAGUGCACAAAAAAGUGCUUAUCGGCAAGGAUAAGGCUGCUGCCAUCCUCGCUUCAUCUUAUAACAAAGCAAAGGCAGAGUAUGAAAAAUACAGCAUUGAGUUGCCUAAAACCAUUACAGUCCCUGCCUAUAAAGUUCCAGUGAUGAACAUUGAGAUGUCUACAUUCACAGUUCCCAUGCCUGACUUCACCCUCAUCACAAUGCCUGCUCUGCAUGUUCCGUCUGCCCUCAGCAAGCUGACCCUCCCAAAAAUCACUCUGCCCAAAGUUCAGAGCAUCAAGAUCCCAGUAAUGGGUGAUCUGACCUAUGAGUUCUCCAUGAAAACUGCGAUGAUCACACUCAAAACUGACGCCAGCAUCCUCAACCAGGCUAGCGUCAGCAUCAAACUCGAUGCUUCCUCAUCCUCUGAAUUUGAAAUUCUGACCGGAAAGAUUGAGGGCAACAUCAACGUGAACACUGCAGAUGGAUUUAAAAUGGCCUCUGUCCUUGCUGUAGAACAUCCCAUGCUAGAGGGAAAGCAUGACGGCACCAUCUUCGUAAACUCUGGCAGCGUAGAAACCUCCAUCACCAAUUCAGCAAAGGUCAAUCUACAUGAAACCAUGGAAAUCUACCAGGAGAUCACUGGAAAUCCCGAAGAAGGCCUUGUUGUCUCCAUGUCCACUCCAUCUGCAGGACACAUUGCAGUUCAGAUGCAGACUAAACGGCCAGCACAAGUGAAAGCAAGACUUUAUGGUCGCUACCCGUCUGAGCCAACAACAGACAUUGACAUCUUGGCCCUGAAGAUGUCUGUGAGGAACUCUGAGAUGUUGAACCUCCAGACAACCUGGAAUAUGGAAAUGCCGUACGAGAUGAUGCUGACAAUGAAGAAACAGGUGCCCAAAGCCAUGGAAAUGGUGUCUGAUCUUGCUGCUAGUGCAUACAAAAAAAUCAACAGGGCAGUUAGGGGUCUUGGGGUUCACUUUGAUCAGGUUAAAAAGCACAGUAAUGAGAUGUUCAAUAGGGCUGCUAAGAACCUUGCAGCAGUAGAUCCAUCUAAUAUUAUGACCACUGUCACAGACAGGGCCAUUGUGAUCCUCAGAGAGUACCAAAAGAAAGUUGAAAUUGUUCUUGAUGCUGUUGUUAAAUUCCUGAGAGAAACCAGGUUCCAGAUCCCAGGCUAUGAACAGAGACUGUCUGGCCUUGAGAUCUAUCAGAAAUUCAGUGCUUUUGUUGCUGAUGUAUCUGAGGAAGCUGUUGAGAAGAUUCCACAGUACUUUACCUCCAUGUUUGCAGCAGUUAUUGAUUAUUUCCAGUCCAUUGAAUUCACCCUUCCUGGCUCCACUUACAUUGUCAGUGGGAGAGAAAUUCUUGAUGACUUGUCAGUGGCUUUGAGGAAACUCCAGGACCAGGUGAUUGUUACAGUGAGGAAAAUUGGAAACAUCCAGCUGGAGGAUAUCAUUAACAAAUUCUCAGCACUCACACAGUUUGCUACUCAACAAAGUGAGAAGCUUUUCCAAACUCUAAAAUCCCUUAACGUAGAGAGGCUCUCCACCUUUAUGACUGACGUAUACAAUGAUGCCGCUAACUCUCCUGUCCUGGCUGAUGUUUUGAAGCAGGUUGAAGAAGCCCGCAGCAUUGUAAUGGAAUAUCUAAAAGCUGUGAAAGCUAAACUACAAAACAUUGUGGCUGACAUGUCUAGUGAACAGCUCAUUGCAGAUAUCCAGUCCUGGAUCAACUCAUUGGUAAAACGCAUUAACACCUUCCACAACAACGUCAUUAUGAGCCUGAAGGAAAAAAGCAAAGCUGUUGAACCAUAUGUGAGAGUAAGUGACAGACAGGUGGAGGUUGACAUCCCUUUACCAUUUGUUGCCAAAUUAAACUAAGUGACUGUGGUUAACAAAAGUAGUAUUUGAACAGUGUUUGUAUUAACUUUCUCUGUUUUGUAACCAUCAAGAUGAUAGUGAGUCUAUUGUCAUUACAAAAAACGCAACUGUAAGCUAACAAUGAUGUCUGUAUGUAUACAUGUCUCUCUACUGUUUUUCAAAUUGUUAAUUUUGUUUAUUACUUCAUAGUGGACUCUCUGUUGUCCUGGUCCUACUGUACUCCAUUUAUGUCUUGUACUAUUUAAAAACCUCUGUGGGCAUCAAUAAAUACAAUUUGUACUGCA